UUUCGAAUAAGACACAUCUCAUCUCAUCUCUCAAUAUGAAGUGGAUUUUUCUCAAUUGCUUUAGGCCGCCAGCGGUACCAAAGGACGCUGGAGAAGCUAUAAAAGCAAAGGAGGAAAGAAAAAAGGAUAAAGAAGGAAAGAAAAAGAAACCCUGGCUGAAGAAGCUUUUUACAAAAAAAGGGAAAGGAAAAAAGGCAAUGGUGGUGGAUAGCCAGACAUUGGCGAUGGAGGACAGCCAGACAUUGGCGAUGGAGGAGGAUAGCCAGACAUUGGCGAUGGAGGACAGCCAGACAUUGGCGAUGGAGGACAGCCAGACAUUGGCGAUGGAGGACAGCCAGACAUUGGCGAUGGAGGAGGAUAGCCAGACAUUGGCGAUGGAGGAUAGCCAGACAUUGGCGAUGGAGGACAGCCAGACAUUGGCGAUGGAGGACAGCCAGACAUUGGCGAUGGAGGACAGCCAGACAUUGGCGAUGGAGGAUAGCCAGACAUUGGCGAUGGAGGAUAGCCAGACAUUGGCGAUGGAGGACAGCCAGACAUUGGCGAUGGAGGAAAGCCAGACAGUGGAGGUGAAGGAGGAGAGCCAGGCAAAGGUGGAGAAGGAGGAAAGCCAGAAAGUGGCGGUGAAGGAGGAGAGCCAGGCAAAGGUGGAGAAGGAGAAGUACAAGGCAAUGGAGGAGGAGGAGAAGUACAAGGCAAUGGAGGAGGAAUACAAGGCAAUGGAGGAGGAAUACAAGGCAAUGGAGGAGGAAUACAAGGCAAUGGAGGUGGAGGAGAGCAAGGCAAUGGAGGUGGACUUGAGCAAGGCAAUGGAGGAGGAGUACACAGAAAUGGUGAAGGAGGAGUACACGGCAAUGGUGGAGGAGACGUACAAGGCAAUGGUGGAGGAGACGUACAAGGCAAUGGUGGAGGAGACGUACAAGGCAAUGGUGGAGAAGAGCAAAGCCGGUAGUGGAUGAGACAGUCAGUGUUCUAUGUUCAAUCAGUACUACUGAAAAAUGUGUAAAUAAUUGUAAAUAAAGCAUUAAAAACGAAAAA